AUGUCCACGGAUGAGUCAGAUGACUUCAAGUUCUUUGGCUUAGGUGGGUGCAAUGAAGUUGGCCGGUCAUGCCACAUUAUUCAGUACAAGAACAAGACAAUAAUGUUGGACGCUGGAGUCCACCCAGGGUUGUCAGGAUUCAGUUCUCUUCCCUUUUACGAUGAGUUUGACUUGUCGAAGAUUGAUAUCUUGUUGAUCAGUCAUUUCCAUUUGGAUCAUGCAGCAUCUUUGCCCUAUGUGAUGCAACACACAAACUUCAAAGGUCGUGUAUUUAUGACCCAUGCCACCAAGGCCAUUUACCGGUGGUUAUUAUCCGAUUUCGUUAGAGUGACCUCGAUUGGUAAUGGUGGAGAUGCUAGAGCCGGAAGUGGCAACCAGGAUGUAGGCAGUGCUUCGACAAACUUGUAUACUGAUGACGAUUUGAUGAGAUCCUUUGAUCGUAUUGAAACAAUUGAUUAUCAUUCAACGAUGGAAAUCGAUGGUAUAAGGUUCACUGCUUACCAUGCUGGGCACGUGUUGGGUGCGUGCAUGUACUUUGUAGAGAUUGGAGGGCUCAAGAUCUUGUUCACAGGGGAUUACUCUAGAGAAGAGGAUCGUCAUUUACACGUUGCUGAAGUUCCACCUCAAAAGCCGGAUAUUUUGAUUACUGAAUCUACGUUUGGUACCGCCACUCAUGAACCAAGAUUGGAAAAGGAAGCUAGAAUGACAAAUAUUAUUCAUUCCACUCUUCUGAAAGGUGGGAGAAUAUUGAUGCCUGUAUUUGCAUUGGGUCGUGCUCAAGAAUUAUUGUUAAUUUUAGAAGAAUAUUGGUCCCAAAAUGAAGAUUUACGAAGCAUAAAUAUCUAUUAUGCAUCCUCAUUAGCCCGUAAGUGUAUGGCUGUGUACCAAACAUACACGAAUAUCAUGAAUGAUAACAUUCGACUUACUGCAUCUGGUAGUUCUUCAUCUGGAAAGCAAAAUCCUUUCGAAUUCAAAUACAUCAAAUCGAUCAAGAGUCUUGACAAAUUUCAAGAUUUUGGUCCCUGUGUGGUAGUUGCAAGUCCUGGGAUGUUACAAAGUGGUGUUUCUAGAGAACUUUUGGAGAAAUGGGCACCAGAUCCAAAGAAUGCUGUUAUUAUGACGGGGUAUUCCGUCGAAGGAACCAUGGCAAAGGAACUCUUAAUCGAACCACAUACUAUUCAAUCCAUAUCAAACCCAGAUAUCAGUAUCCCACGUCGUCUUAACGUGGAAGAAAUUUCAUUUGCUGCACAUGUUGAUUUCCAACAAAAUGCUGAAUUUAUUGAUCAAGUAAACGCACUGAAGAUUAUUUUAGUUCAUGGAGAAAGUAAUCCCAUGGGUCGUUUAAAGUCAGCAUUACUUAGUAAGUAUUCCCUGAGAAAGGGAACUGAUCAAGAGGUUAAGGUGUUUAACCCAAGAAAUUGUGAUGAAUUGAGGUUAAGUAUCAAGGGAUUGAGAGUUGCUAAAGUUUUAGGUUCGUUAGGUGAAGAACAAUUACUGUUAUUGAAGAAGGAACUUACUGAUAAGGUGGAAUCAGCCAAUAAGAAAAUUGAAGAAUUGGGAGAUGAUGAUGUGACCGAAACUACAUUGAACAAAGAAGAUUCACUGGAUGAAGAGAAGACAGAUAGACCAGAAGAAGGAGCAGUGUCUGUAAUUACUGCCGAGCAGCCUGUAUCGGGUCUUCUCGUAUCGAAGGAUUUUGACUUGAAUCUUUUACAACUUCAAGAUUUACAUGAAUUCACCCAACUCUCCACAUCGAUUGUUAAAUCAAAGAUCAAUAUUAAGAUAAACUCAAGCAUCGAGUUGAUUAAAUGGCAUUUGGAGCAGAUGUUCGGAUACAUUAACAUCAUUAAUGAUGAUACCGAGGAAUGGGAAUGUUUGAUUAUGGAUGUAAUCAGUGUUAUAGUUGAUAUCACUGGUAGUGAAAAGAGUAAUGGACUUUUCGUCACAGUAGAAUGGAUUAACGACAAUUUGAUGGCCGACUCAUUGGCUGAUAGUGUUGUUGCCAUCUUGUACUCUACCGAUUCAUCACCGGCGUCGGUUAAAUUGACUUCCAAGAGUUGUCUGCAUAGCCAUACACAUGUGAAAAAUGAGGAUACUGAAAUGCUUACUGAAAAUGGACGUGAAACAACUCCACCAUCACAAAAACAUGCACAUGCUAACUCUGAGAUUUCUAGUAGAAUUCAUCGUAUUUCAACUUUACUUCGGGCACAAUUUGGUGACACAUUCAAACCAAAUUUGGAAGAAGAAACAGCAGUGAUAUCUAUCGGUAAAAACGAAGCGAAGAUCGACUUUAAGAACUUGACAGUUGAGUGUGGAUCUAAAGUCUUGAGAGAUAGAGUUGAGAAUGUGAUCAAGAGAGGAUGUGGACUUGCCGCACCACUUAGUCAGUAUCAAAAAGUUUAA